UAUGCAUCGACUAUUAAUGGCGCCGAAUAAAUUUGGGAGUGCAAUGCAGUAAAUCUUAUUUGCUUCGUUUGUACUAAUUGCAUUCGAUAUUUCAUUUGUAGUAGACAUUGUCUUUUUAAUAGACGCUGAUUCCCACCGCAAUAAUAAAUCAAGUAAUCGUACACGAAACACUUUUGACAUCAUUAAUUAGAGGAAUACAAUAAUUUUAACGUUUUAAAUAAAUUAUUUAUAUUGGUUGGUUUUUUCGAAGCAAGCUUUCUUUAUUUAUUCAAUAUAUGUACUUAUUUAUAUGUAAUUGAACUUGUAAUUGAAAAAUAAACACAAUUGCUACAACAAUCAUGUCCAAGCCAAAAGCAGGAUGCAAAAAGAACACAUAUCAGAUGCCAAAAAAGCUGAACCGGGGAACUAAAUUGGUUGACAACUUCAAAUGUGAGUGGAUUGUUGGCUCUUCAAUAGGAAAAGGAGGUUUUGGUGAGAUCUAUUGUGUCAGCAAAAAAGAUGAUAAAAUUAAGUCAGAAAAGGAUUUUGCUUACGUGUUAAAAAUUGAACCACAUCAGAAUGGGCCAUUAUUUGUGGAAAUGCAUUUUUACAUGCGAAACGCCAAAUAUGAAGACAUCAAUACUUUCAAAAUUUCGCGAAAAUUAGUAGAUCUUGGAAUCCCUCAUUUUGUGGGAAGUGGUUCACACGACAUAGAGGGCAUAAAGCAUCGAUUUAUUGUAUUGCCACGUUAUGGUCGAGAUAUUUGGAGUUUAUAUUUGAUUAAUGAUAAAUUGUUUCCAAUUCACACUGUUUGCCGCUUAGCACUACAAAUGAUUGAUGCCUUGGAAUAUAUUCACAACUGUACCUACGUACAUGGUGAUUUAAAGGGAGCUAAUAUGCUACUUAAAGGAGACUCACAAGUAUAUCUAGUUGAUUAUGGGUUAGCCAGCCACUACACAACUAAUAGCUUAUUUAAACCAGACCCCAAAAAAAUGCACAAUGGCACUAUCGAAUACACAAGCAUUGACGCGCAUUAUGGUGUUCCGACCAUGCGAGGAGACAUGGAAAUACUGGGAUAUAAUUUGAUACAUUGGAUUGGUGGACAAUUGCCAUGGGAAAGUUUCCUAAGUGACGUAAACAAAGUAAAGGAUGCAAAAGAAAAGCUGAAAAAUAGCGGAAAAGCUUUUGAAAAACAAUUUUCCAGCAAAACAAAGACACCUUCUUUUAUUCAAAAUUUUUUUAUGAAUACAUACUCCCUGAAGUUUAACGAGCAUCCAAAUUAUGACAAAUGUAGGAAAAUAUUUUUACAAGAAUUAAAAUAUCUUGGAAAAUCGAACGAGGGACCAUUACAAUUUGCACAGUCCGAUGUACAAAAAUCAGCAUCUCCGAAGAAAAAAUUGGCAACGUCAUCAACUCGCUCAUCUUCUACGCAGAACAAAACUGACAAUGUAAACGGAUCACAUAAAGUCAUAAAGGACACAUUGCAGUCAGCAUCAAAUGAAGGUACAAGUGUAACGUUGAGUACACCUUCAAAAGGUAAACUUUCAAAAUAUAAGAAAGUUUGUAACCUAAACAUAGAUCUGGACAUCAGUAUUGAUACAGAUGUAAUUGUUAAUGUACGCCGUCGAAACAAAGCUGAAAAUACUCACUCAGAUGAUGGUGUAUCAAUCGCUGUCGAUGCACAGGGAUCUAAUGGUAAAAUUGAUCAAGGUCCUGAGGUAUCUUCACGGAAACGUAAGCACAUAGCAAACUCCAGUGACGAAAAUAAGGCAAAAAAUUUACGCAAAAAUCAAAGUAUUCCGAAAGCCACAAUGCGGGCUGGAGAAUAUAAGGGAAAAAAGUCCAAACAGUAAAUGAUUUAUUUAUAAAUACAUAUAUAAAUCGAUUUUCUCAAUGAGAAAGUCUAUGAAAACUCAGUGAAAUAAACAAAAAUUUUCGAACUCUU